AUGCAAUUGACGAAUGGGCGGCAGUGGAUACCGCCUCCUGGAUACACAGAACGUGGCUUGCCUCAUCCACUCAAGCUUGUGCCCACCGACGACCACGUUCACUUUGGCUAUGUGUUGGUGGCUUUGAAAAAGUAUUUUCAAAAAUCUGACUGUUGGCAAUCGUGCAAAGAAGUGUUUUCAACGGAGUCGGAUGAAGUGCCCAACGCUAGCUCCUGUGUUUGUCAUCGAGUCGACGAAGAUAUGGAUGAAGUUUUGAUGAUGCACUUCUUUGUAAUGGGUGCCUCGAUGAUGCGAGGAGUGCGAAAUCGAACAGAAAUGGCAAUGACGAUCAAGUCACCC